AUGGGCGUCAUCCGUAAGAAGAUCGCUGCACGAGGUGGCGAGGGCGGUGUCAAGUAUGUAUGCGACGUCUGCUCAGCAGACAUAACGUCUACGGUCCGAAUUAGGUGUGCACACAGCGCUUGCAAUGAAUAUGAUCUCUGUGUCCAAUGCUUUGCGCAAGGAGCGUCCAGCAAUGCGCAUCAGCCGCAAACCCAUCCCUAUCGAGUAAUCGAACAGAACUCGUUUCCGAUCUUCGACCGAGAAUGGGGCGCGGACGAGGAGCUCCUUCUUCUGGAGGGCGCGCAGAUCUACGGUUUGGGUUCGUGGGCCGACAUUGCGGACCACAUCGGCGGCUACCGAAGUAAGGAUGAGGUACGCGACCACUAUCUCCAGGUCUACGUCGACUCGCCCAACUUUCCCCUCCCGAAACGAUGCAGUCCCCAUGACAUGGAACUGGCAAACGAGAUCUCUAGAGAAGAAUUUCAGGCGCGCAAGAAGCGACGCAUCGAGGAAAGGAGGGAAGCCGCUAAGAACGCCCCAACCCUCCAAGCGAAGACGAAGCCGACAGCCAGUGUUCCAUCGUGCCACGAGAUUCAAGGAUAUAUGCCAGGACGCUUGGAGUUUGAGACCGAGUUCUGCAACGAAGCGGAAGAGGCUGUCCAGCUCAUGCAGUUCGACCCAGGAGAUGGAAUUAACCCACGCACAGGCGAGCUGGAACCGGAGAUGGAGCUCAAACUCACCGUCAUGGAGAUCUACAACUGCCGGCUGACGCAACGAGUCGAGAGGAAGAAGGUUAUUUUCGAGCACAACCUGCUCGAUUACAGGGAAAACACAAAGUCAGAAAAGAAGAGGUCGAAGGAGGAACGCGAUCUUCUGAACAAGGCGAAACCCUUUGCGCGGAUGAUGAAUCGCGUCGACUUUGAACAAUUCUGUCAAGGGUUGAUUGACGAGCUCAACCUGCGGCAGGCAAUUGCACAACUACAGGAAUGGCGUAGUCUCCGGAUUGGUGAUCUACGAAGCGGCGAGAAGUAUGAGCAGGAGAAGCAGGCACGAAUUCAGAAAUCAAUACCGCUGGGUUCCAUGGACCGCGAACGACUGGCGAGUGCUCAGCGCAGCAAACAACCGCCACCACCAGAUCCGCCAAGUGGCGCGGCUCUGCUGGUUCAACCUGAGCUGCCGGCGCGUAUGCAGUCACCUCAUGUCAUCGCCGAGGCCGAGAAACUCUGCAGCAUGAAAGUGGAACCCGGGCAAGUCAACAGUGAAAGUGUAAUCGUUGCCAAUGGCGACACUACGCCGUCAAAACACAAGUCCUUACCACAACCUGUUCCCGGGAUACAACCUCUUUUACUCUCUCAGGACAAUGCUCCCGACCUUCACCUCCUUACGCCGGAAGAGGUCAAGCUGUGCGAGGUGCUCAGGAUUCAGCCUAAGCCUUACCUGAUGAUCAAAGAGCAGAUCCUCAAGGAAGCCGUCAAGGGCAACGGGAGUUUGAAAAGGAAACAGGCUAAGGACAUUUGCAGAGUCGAUCAGCAGAAGGGAGGGAGGAUUUUUGAUUUUAUGGUGAAUGCGGGUUGGGUGGUCAAGGCUUAG